AUGCAAUUAAAGGGUCUCACUUACCCAGCUUGCCCAGGAGGGCCAGUACAUAAAUGGGCACAGCCCAGGAGGGUGGCUGCUGUCCUGGGCAGCAUGCAGAGCUCCAGCAAGUCCUGCCCUUGCUCCUGCCCCAGCUUCAAGCUGCGGGAAGUGGCCUCCAUGUACUUCACCCUGGUCGCCGUCUUCUUGGUCAUCUUGGUGGUGGCUCUGCAGGGCUCGGCUCCUCGUGGGAAUGACUUUCCCUACAAGGUGCCCCUCGAUCCUGAAGGGCUGCUGGAGCUCUCCUGGAAUGUCAGCUAUCCCGAGAGGACUGUGCACUUCCAGCUGCUGGUCAGGGAGCUGCGGGCAGGGAUCCUCUUCGGGAUGUCGGACAGGGGCGAGUUCGAGAACGCAGACCUGGCUGUGCUCUGGAGCGAUGGGCACAGCUCCUACUUUGGGGAUGCCUGGAGUGAUGCCCAGGGGCAGCUGCACAUGGACUCACAGCAGGACUACCAGCUCCUGGGGGCUCGGAAGGCUCCUGAGGGGCUCUACCUCCUCUUCAGAAGAGCCUUCAGCACCUGUGACCCCAAGGACUACCUUAUAGAGGAUGGCACCGUGCACCUCAUCUAUGGCAUCCUGGAGAAGCCAGUCCACUCCCUGCAGGCCAUCAACAUCUCUGCCCUCCACAGGGGACUGCAGAGGGUGCAGCUGCUCAAGCCCAACAUCAGCAUCCCUCAACUGCCCAGCAAUGUGGAGACCAUGGAGAUAACAGCUCCUGACGUUGUUAUUCCCAGCCAGGAGACCACUUACUGGUGCUACAUGGCAGAGCUCCCAGAUGGCUUCCUCAAGCAUCACAUCAUCAAGUACGAGGCAGUGAUCACAGCUGGCAACGAGGCCCUGGUGCACCACAUGGAGGUCUUCCAGUGUGCUGCUGAGGUCGACAGCUUCCCCCACUACAGCGGCCCCUGCGACUCCAAGAUGAAGCCAGAGAGACUCAACUACUGCAGGCAUGUGCUGGCAGCAUGGGCCAUGGGAGCACAGGCUUUCUACUACCCUGAAGAAGCAGGUCUGGCCUUUGGGGGCCCAGGCUCCUCCAGGUAUCUGCGCCUCGAGGUUCACUACCACAAUCCCUUGGUGCUCCAAGGCCGCCGAGACUCCUCAGGCAUCCGUCUCUACUACACAGCUUCCCUGCGCCCCUAUGAUGCUGGCAUCAUGGAGCUGGGCUUGGUCUACACCCCAGUGAUGGCCAUUCCCCCAGGAGAGGACAGCUUCCUCCUCACAGGCUACUGCACUGACAAAUGCACCCAGCUGGCUCUCCCUGCCGCUGGCAUCCGAAUCUUCGCCUCCCAGCUCCACACUCACCUGGCAGGAAGGAAGGUGGUGACAGUGCUGUCCCGGGCCGGCAGAGAGCAGCAGGUGGUGAAUGCUGAUGGGCACUACAGCCCUCACUUCCAGGAGAUCCGCAUGCUCAAGGAGGUGGUCGCAGUGUUCCCAGGGGACGAACUCAUCACAACCUGCACCUACAACACGGAGGACCGGAGCAGAGCCACCGUGGGUGGGUUUGGCAUCAUGGAGGAGAUGUGUGUCAACUACGUGCACUACUACCCCCAGACACAGCUGGAGCUCUGCAAGAGUGCCAUGGACCCAGGCUACCUGCACAGAUACUUCAACCUCGUCAACAGGUUUAACGACGAGGAGGUCUGCAUGUGCCCACAGGUCUCCAUCCCACAGCAGUUUACCUCUGUCCCUUGGAAUGCCUUCAACAGAGACGUCCUGAAGUCCCUCUACCGCUUCGCUCCCAUCUCCAUGCACUGCAACAAGUCCUCAGCCGUCCGGUUCCCGGGUGAGUGGGAGAAGCAGCCACUUCCCACCGUCACCGAGAGGCUGCCGGAGCCAGUCCCUCCCUGCCCACCCACCCCCAGACCUCAGCCAGCUGCUCCCAUCCCCCUCGACCUGGGCAAGCUCAGGAGGGACUGAAAUCCAUCGCAAGAAGAUGACCUUCCACCAGAAGCAGCAGCAACAGCAGCACCUCCAGGCAGAGCACCCCUGGGGAACUUUGGCUCUUUGCUCUCCCUGGCAUCCCUGCCCACACAACAAUAUGCCAGCCUGUGCCCGGUGCCCUGGCCCCUGUCUCUGGAAGGGUUCAGGGUUCAGGAGCUAGAGUUCAGCAAGUGCUCUGGAGCUGGCAAGUGCUAUAUUUAGUGUGUUAUUAGCAAUCCUGGCUCUGAGUAAUGCUGCUUCCCACCCCCAGAACCACAACGCGGAGGGUUUGCUAUUGUGUGGAACCCAGCAUGGCCCCGGGGAGGGGUAAGGGUGGGGGGAAGCAGCCUGGCUGCCAGCAGGAAAACUGAGGCACGAAGCAAAGAUCUGCGUGGGAGCAGCAUUCAACCCUUCCCCGGUGUCCUGUGGCCCCAUCCAGGUGCUCUCCCACACUGGUAGCCGGGCAGGGAUGAAGGGAUGGAGGGAGGGAUGCUGUGACGCCCACCCAGCGCUCGCCUUCCCGCCGCAGGGACUCAGCUCCCCACUGUGCUGCUCCUCCUCCCACUCCUCCAGCCUGAGGAUUAGUCGCCUGGAGGCCACCAAACGCCACCAGCCAGGAACAGAUGACACCUCUGGGAUGGGGGUUUGGAAAGGGAACAGGAUGGUGGGGAGGGAAAGACAAAGCUCUUGGCAGGAAAUGGCUCCCUUAAAUACCUAAAUGUUGUAUCAGUGAAGAAAUAAAACAAAACAAAAAGCUC